AUGCCAUACCCGUUUGUGCUCCCUACCACGUCGGCGUUUGCCUUCUCCAACGCCUUCGCCUGCGACUCCCAUCCCUCGCUGCCGCUCAGCGCCAGCACCUACCGCGGGGUCGUCCGCGACGCCCUCAAGAAGCACAAACGCCUCGCCGCAAGCGCGCAGAGCUCACACCUCGCCGUCGUCGUGUCCAGCAUCGAGGCCUACCUGCCUUACCUCCUCGCCAUCGACGCCGGCCUAGCGCGACGGCCGGCCGGCAGUUGCACAACCAACCAAAACAUCACCGUCGCGAUCAAGAACGCGCUGCUCAUCGAGUGGCGGCCCACGCUCUCGGGCGAGGUCGUCCCGGGACGGGAGCGCACGCGGGUCAAGGUUGCGAGCCUGGAGCACGAGGUAUUCUUCACGCUGUCGACGCUGGCGUUUGCGCACGGCGCGACGGCGCGCGCGUGCCUGCAGCCGCUGUACUCGACGACCGGCAGCAUCCUCAGCACCCCACAGCGCACCACGGCAAUCACCACGGCAACGAGGCAUCUGCUCGAAGUCGCCUCCAUCUACGAUCAUCUCGGGCGGCGGGGCGACGUGGUGGCGACCCCAGGGCCGCCACCCCCGCCGUGCGUGGACGUGAGCCCGUCGACCGCGCGCGCGCUGUCGUCGCUCGCGCUGGCCGAGGCGACGCUCCUCGCCAUCCUCAAGGACGACCCGUACCCGGCGGCCGUCGCGCAGGACCGAAACGUCAACGACACCGAGUGGAUGUACAAGGCGCCGGACAUCCCCAAGGUGCGCGCCCACCUGUUCGCGCGCCUCGCGCUCGCGGCGUCCGAGCACGCCGCGCAGGCCCUCGCGCUGUGCCACGGCGCCGCGGCGGCGCCGGGCGUCAACAGUCGAGUCAGCGCCGGCUUGGUCCGGUACGUGGAAGACCUGCGGCGCACGAGCCGCGCCAAGGCCUGCCGCUUCUUCGGCAUCGACGCGGAGCUCGGCGGCGAGACGGCGGACGGCAUCGGCUGGGCGCGCGCGGGCCUGCAGGAGCUGGGUGUCGACGUCGCGGAGAGGGGGAAGAAGAGUGGUGGUGGCGGCGGGUUGGGGCUUGGGAGGUUGAAGAAAGAGUUCAAAGAGCGGAGGGAGGAUCGCAGGGUGGACGGUGACGGUGCGGCCUGGGGCUCUGAUGCGGGCAAAUUGGAGGAGACGAGGAUAUUGGAGCUGCUGGACGCGAAAUGGAGCAAGAUUAAUGACACGAUGAACACAAAGGCAGUUCCGCCGCCGGCGACUCUGCUGCCAAAGAUGCCUUCCGGGCGCGACGUACAUACGAUAAAGCCAUACGUGCCUCCAGCGCUCGGCGCGGAUGUGCUGGAGGCUAUGAGGGCGCCGCCUGCGCACGAGGAUAACCAGGAUGGUGACUUGAGCUCAGACGCAGAUGAACCAGGACCGUCAAAUCCGCCGGGAGCCUAUCCUGGAGCCGAUUACUCCGGUGGUCGGGCGACAGGAAGCUCCUACUACUAG